AUGAAGAUGCGCUUACCAAAAAAGACGCGCUUACCAAAGUUUGAGAGGCUCAGGCUGGAAGAAGUGAUAGAGGAGGACAAGCUCAUCGCUGCUGACGCUGAAAGGGCGACCUACCGGUACAGCGAAGUCAAGUACGACAACUUCGUGCCCAUCGAUGAGGACAGCCAAAACACCGCCAAUGAUGAGGAGGAGGGAGAGGGAGAACAGGAAGAAGCAAAAGAGCUGGAUGAAGAAGAAUACGACAGCGACAGUGAGAUCGACGGUAAGAGCGACAGUGGCAGGGACAGCGACAGCGACAGCGACAGCGACAGCGAAAGUGACGGAAGCCACGACGUGACCGCACAAGCUGCUCCUUUUGACAUUGAAGAAACCUCCAACAAUAAGGAUGUUCCUGGCCACAAGAGCGCUGUUGCGGCCAUCGAAGACUACCUGUGUGAGAAUUCAGGCAUCUACCGAAAGCUCCAGUGGGAGCGUUUUAAGGGAUGGCAGAGUUCUCAGGCAAAGCAGUACUUCGCAGAGGAGGAGCGCAAGGCGAACGAGAACCCCUUGGAAGCAGUUCAUGGACUGAUGGCGGAUAUGAGGAGGAUUGCAGAAUGGAUACAGAGCAGCACGGAUGCUUUCACCAUCGAGCCCGGCACAGGGUUCAGGCGUAUUCUCGAUCUGUCAGUGGUCCCAGGCCGCUUUCUGACCUACGCCCUUGAACAAAACCCCGGCGCCCAUGCCCUGGCCUUUAGCCUCCCUGUGGGGCAGGGCGGCUUUCCCCCAGCAGUGGAAGAGAGCGAGUUGGUCAGGAUCCAGAGGCUGGACACGACUAUGCUCGUAGCGGACAUGGGUCUACGUGUAGGAGAAAUUCCCCUGUGGAAUCGCCACAUCAGGAGGUUCCGCUUCUCACGAUACUUCGACGAUGGCCCCGGAUCCGGCUUCGACCUUGUAAUCUGCACCAACAUUAUUCAGCCGACAAAGGCGAUGUUCCGCGGAGGGCGGGAGAAUCGCCGCCGCGAGGAGCGCCGCCGCCUCCUGACCCAGCUGGUGCUUGGCAUCCAGCGCCUGAGGCACGGGGGAAAGAUGAUCAUCGAGCUGCACAAGCUGGAGGACAUCCAGACUAUCCGACUGAUUCUUGAGUUUGUCAAGUUUGCCAAGGUCGCGAUCCUGCAGAAGGGCUACUGGGUGGGAAAGCUGGCGGGUUUCUACCUUGUCGCCACCGAGGUGCAGUCAACAUCGCAGGGGGCCUUGGACGCCUUACAAGAGUGGAAAAGGGAGUGGAAGGUGGUCACCGUGGGCACCAGGAGGGAAUGGCUGGAGGACCGCGACCGGAUGGCUCUCUGUGAACAGGAGGCUGUCGAGGACUUCAGUCCCGACUUGUUGAGUCUGGGCAAAGAAACUGGCAUCUGGCAGUCGCAGAUUGAUCUCCUGGCUCAGCCCCCGUGGGAAUGCGGUAAAGGCCCACCAUUCUGUCCUGCCUGGUAG